AUGGCUAUCAACCGCGGCGAGUUCUACGGUGUCACUGGCGCUGUUGCUUGUUUGACCCUAUCAGCUUUGGGAGCAGCAUACGGUACCGCACAAGCAGGAUUGGGUCUAUGCAGAGGGGCCACUGGAAAUCCAGGUGUUACAGUCAAGGCGAUCAUACCUGUCGCAAUGGCAGGUGUACGCGCCAUUUAUGGCUUGGUGCUCAGUAUAAUUAUUCUUGCAAGUUUGAGUGGCUCGAGCAAGGAAUACUCCGAGUUCAGUGGCAAUUCACAUCUAUGCGCAGGAGUCUGCUGUGGAGUUGCACAGUUUGCGAGCGGUGUAACCGUAGGUGUUAUCGGAGAAAGCUCAACUCAGGCCGUCGCUAGUAAACCGAGAAUUUUUGCACCUGCUGUCUUAAUUCUGAUUUUUUCAGAAGCCCUUGCACUGUACGGGCUCAUUUCUGGCAUGAUCCUUGUGCAAAGUAGUUGA